AUGGGUUUCAAAUUUCAGUACCUCUGCGAUCUACUCUCAGAUCUAGAGAACAACAAAGUCGUAAAAGCGACUACGGCCUCGAGAAAUUCGAAUCCAGAUGGUCGAGUUGUGAGCAGGUGGUUUGCUCAACAUGCCAAACGAAUCCAUGCCGCCGACACGGAUCGAAUAGCCCUUCUUUCGUGCCUGUUUCCCGAGAAACGCACGGACAGAGUUUAUUGGCUACAAGGAGCUACUCUUGUCAGGGUUAUAGGUCGCUGUCUUCUUCUCGGCUCCUCUCGACGCGAGGAGCUUGAACGAUGGCGCGUUGCGGGCGGAAUAGAUUUGGGGCAGUGUGUAGAGGAUGUUAUGCGACAAGCUGAAGGUGACAGCAAGAAAGGUCAAGAUGUCACUAUCGAAGAGAUAGACGACGCAUUGAACAAAAUCGCUUCUCGAUGCAGGUUCUCCGGCGCGCGUGUACGGAGACAGCACACAGCCGUCGAUGUUGAGGAGACGCUGAGUCCGUUAUACAGACGAUUGAGCAGUAGAGACGCCAAAUGGCUCACUCGGAUGAUACUGAAGAGUUACCAUCCGGUGGCCUUGCCGGUACACUCUACCAUGAAGAGUUUCCAUUUUCUUCUUCCCCACUUGCUGCUUUUCCAGGAUUCAUUCGAAUCUUCGCUCAAGAUGCUUGCUUCCGAGCCUCUUAGCCACUAUCCUCCGAACCCAGAUCCGAAGUUCGCCAAAGAUCUGAGAGUCCAAGCCUCGCAGCAUCUGGUUCCUAGAAUUGGGAUAAAAAUAGGGCGGCCUGAAUACUACAAGGCACGAAGCAUAAAGCAUUGCUGUCGGAUGAUUGGCCGUCGCCGGAUGAGCAUAGAAAGAAAGUAUGACGGGGAGUAUUGCCAAAUACACAUUGACCUCUCUCAGAGGCUUAAUCCUAUCCAGAUCUUUUCGAAAAGUGGUAAGGAUUCUACUGAUGACAGAUCCGGGAUUCAGAACGUGAUCAGAGACGCCUUGAACAUAGGACGGCCAGAAUGCAAGUUCUCCCGUCAAUGCAUCUUGGAAGGUGAAUUGCUCGUCUGGAGUGACAAAAAUGGCAAGAUUGCGGAUUUCCACAAGCUGAGGAGAUUCAUUGCUCGCUCGGGGACUCUUCUUGGGAUUGAGAGUGAUUCUCCGCCACAACCGUAUGAACAUUUGAUGAUUGUGUUCUUUGAUAUUUUGCUCCUGGAUGACGAUGUUUGUUUGAGGAAGCCACACCGUGAUAGGCGGCUGCUGCUCAAACAUGUUAUGCAAGCAAUUGAUGGCCAUGCGGACAUUGCAGAGCAGCAGAUAGUAGAUUUCUCCCGUCACGAUGGUCAGUCCCGCCUCGAAAGUAUAUUCAGAAAAGGUAUCGUGGAACGUUGGGAAGGUUUCGUCCUGAAAGGGUGCGAAGAUCCUUAUCUCUCUAUUUCUCCCGGUCAGGAGCACAGCUCUGCUGGUCGCUGGAUAAAACUUAAAAAGGACUACAUUCCAGGUCUGGGUGACACAGUGGAUUUGACGUUAGUUGGAGCAAGGUACGAUUCUCGCGAUGCCGUUGCGUUGGGCCAAGCUACGAAGAUCUUGUGGACACAUUUUUACAUUGGCUGCCUGCUUAACAAAGAAGCUGUCCUGCAAAACCAGGCAACUCCCCGUUUCCGAGUCGUGGAUAUGAUCAAUCGUCACAGUAUGAGCCCGAAAGAUAUGCUAUAUCUUAAUCUGCUUGGACAAUUCAGUGCUUGCGGCGUGGAUUCCGGCCAUGGCUACCUGCUAGAGUAUGGAACAGCAAGCCUUGCGAACAUGGCUGUUGUCUUUAAGACUCCUUUUGUUGUCGAGAUGCUCGGCAGUGGGUUUGAGAAGCCAUCGGGUGCCAGAUAUUACGCAUUACGGUUCCCUCGGAUUCAAAAGAUUCACUCGGACAGGUCUCUUGAGGAUGCAGCCUCAUGUCAAGAACUUCAGCUUUUAGCUGAAGAAGCUCGGUCUGUACCCGCUGAAGAUCUGCAGGAAGAAAUAAAGUGGGCGGAAAAAAUCAGGCUAGCGAACGCAUCUUCGCGAUAUUUAGUUGAGAGAUCUCAAUCUCCACUGUCCACAACAACCUCUUGUCCGAGUUCGAUACCCAGUCCAGCUAAGACAUCGUCUGCAGGAACCACUGCUACGACUGACAGCAAUCGUGACUCAAGUGGACACAAUUCCUCUUGGGGCUUGGUUCAUCAGGACCAGCGCAACAACGUAGAGACGCAUUCUCAAACAGACCAUAUUCCUAUCUACGUUGACGAUUCGACCACGUCUACAUCAUCACUUAAACCUUCUAAACCUAGUCCACGGCGCCUGUCGAGUAUUAAGAACCUGUCGACACCACAAAGAAGGAAUAAGAGACAUGUUCCAGUGGCCUCUACGGGACUCGAGAAUCGGCGCAAUCCUGUUGGGCACUGUGAGGAGAUAGAGAAUAAUUCGAGAUCCAGUUGUCCACCUUCCCCGAAUCCCCGGCAGUCCUCGACAGCAUGGAAGCGCCGAAAGCUUACAGAAGACCAUGCUGCCAGAGUGGUGGUAGAUGCUCCCAAAUCAUACAACAAACACAAGCGUUCCAAGUCGCCGUUAACCGCAAUUGCAUUAUGCAUUCAUCAGAAUCAUGUCAUGCAAAAUGACACCAACAACCAAAACCGUAUUAUGUUCGUUGAUAGCACAUGCUGCCUUCUUCCCAGUCUUGAACUAUUCCUGCAGAGACUCUGGUCAAAUCAAUCAAGCUUCCGUGUCAAAAACACCAGCCCAGAUAUGCCAUCUGGUCAUCUCGGAAUUGGUUUGAUGAUUGCAACUGUCUCGCAAGGGACCCUAGGUCCCCUACUUUUCGAACUCAGUCAAGAGAUCGCUCAGAGACUUGACUCCAACUCAGGCGAUUACCCGCGCAAUGGCAAGAUAUUCAUCCUAGAAGACAGGUUUCUUACUCUCGAUGCACAAAUCGAUGACCCCGGUUUCAAUCUUCGCAACACCUGGGAGAGCAUCGGGAAAGAGUAUUUAUAUGCGUGUAUAUCGUGGCGCUCACCGAAAGACUCUAAUAUGGCGCUAUGUGGAAUAUCCGAAAUGUUCGGGACGCCGAUAGAAGGUGCGGAGGCCCCUCAGGUGUGUGCACAGGAUCUUCUCAGGUCAAAAAGUAGGACGAAAACACCACAUAUUUCAAUAACUUUCGAAGGCCAGGAGCUGGGCAUUCUCGGGGACUUGGAUUGUUGA